UAAUAAUAAUAAUAAAAAAAAAAACCCCAAAAUCCAAUUCACAAAGUCGCUAGUGUCUGAAACAACGCUUUUAGGCUAUGGGGCGAUCGCCUUGCUGCGAGAAAGCGCAUACCAAUAAAGGCGCUUGGACUAAAGAGGAAGACCAACGCCUCAUCAAUUACAUCCGUGCCCACGGAGAAGGCUGCUGGCGUUCCCUCCCCAAAGCCGCAGGAUUGCUUAGAUGUGGGAAAAGCUGCAGGCUGAGGUGGAUAAAUUAUCUGAGGCCUGACCUCAAAAGGGGCAAUUUUACUGAAGAUGAAGAUGAGAUUAUUAUCAAACUCCAUAGCCUUCUUGGGAAUAAAUGGUCCUUGAUAGCUGGGAGGCUGCCGGGAAGAACCGAUAAUGAGAUCAAGAACUACUGGAACACGCACAUCAAACGCAAACUUAUCGGCCGUGGCAUAGACCCAAAGACCCAUCGCCACCUCCAAUCCGGUGCCGCCACCUGUCUCGACUUCAGGCGCUCGACCGAAAAAGAAAACAGCUCUGCCUCAGCCGACACGGCCAAAUGCAGCAGCAGCACAACUGAAGAGUUCCAGCCACCCGAAGAUUCGGGCUCGGCCCAUGGGCUUGACUUGGAGCUGUCUAUUGGGCUUAAUCCUUCUCGGCCCAAGUGCGUGAAAAGUGCUUCUUUUGACCCAUCGUCAUUUUGGGCCCAGCCCGAGUUGAAGCCCGCGGUUGAGGUGGAGGCGCCACCUCACCGGAUGUGUUUGUGUUGGCAGUUGGGUUUUCAGAAGGGUCAGCUGUGUAGCAAUUGCCAGUGUUACAAUGGGUUAUAUAGCUUUUGUUAA